AUGGGGAAUAGUUUGGGUCAGAGGUUUGCUGACGAUGUUCCUGAUCCGCCAGCUGACGUUCUAGGUUCUGCACCCUAUGGCGUAGCUCCUGCAUUAUCCUGGCGCUGUCGCUACCGAUUCUCCCAAAGGGAUGUCUUUCUCCAGCUCGUGCAGACAUCUCGGGUCGUCGCGGGGGGGGACCUCGUGUGUUCUCGAGAGGAAGCCACGGAGGUUGCCCCCUGGGUUCGGCUCCAUCCCCUGGCUCUACAGGUCCCAGCAAAAAGUCCAUUUAGGCGGUCCCCACAGACGGCGCCAAUGUUCGACUUGUCGAGUGCCGGACGGUUUGGGAAUCGCUUUCCAAAGCUUCGUGGUCCCUGCCUGACUGCUGGGUGUAGUUUCGGGGGAGGGCAACCGACCUUCCGAGUUCUUCGAGUUGGAUGGGGUGCCACCUGCAAAGACACUCUGACGUUCAAGUCAGCGAUGUGUGCAGGCGGGGAACAGAGUAGGUCCCUCAAGCAGGUGGUACAGGAGCCUCAGGCAUUUUCUUCUUUCAGAGAGCGGCUUUACCACUUACAGAGAACCGAAAAUGAAAGGGUUUGCUUUGGUAGAUCAGGCAUUCAUGGAUGGGGACUUUUUGCACGUAGAAAUAUUCAAGAAGGAGAAAUGGUUCUUGAAUAUCGUGGUGAACAAGUGAGACGUAGCAUUGCGGAUCUCAGGGAGGCACGCUAUAGAUUAGAAGGGAAAGACUGCUAUCUAUUUAAGAUAAGUGAAGAAGUGGUAGUAGAUGCCACUGAUAAAGGAAAUAUAGCAAGGCUAAUUAACCAUUCUUGUAUGCCAAAUUGCUAUGCAAGGAUCAUGAGUGUAGGUGAUGAUGAGAGCCGGAUCGCACUCAUUGCCAAGACUGAUGUAACGGCUGGCGAUGAGCUAACGUAUGACUACUUGUUUGAUCCUGAUGAGCCAGAUGAAUUUAAGGUCCCUUGUUUAUGCAAAGCUCCGAACUGCCGCAAGUUCAUGAAUUAGGACUAUAAUAUACACAGAUCAGGAUGACAUUAUUGUUUCUCCACAAGGAGCCUAACCCAUCCCCUUCAUUAGUGGGAACCUCAUAGUUAACCUAAGCUGUAAUUUUAAUCAAACCAUAGGUACAGGAAAGAAAACAGAAAAGUGGAAAAAAAAAUUUUUCUUUUAAUUUUUCCCAAUUUCUUAGUGUUUGGUUUUCUUGGAAUUAUGGCGCUGAAUAAAAGCCGUAGUGGCUUUAGGCUCUUGGCGUUUUGUAAAUGGGACUCAUAAUAUUGCUUCGUUCUAUAAAAGCUAGUGCAAGCCUCAGUAUAUUUCGUAUGUA